AUGUUUUUCCUUCCGACAGGAAAAAAUUUUCCGGACAAAGGGAAAAAAAUUUCCUUCCGACAGGAAAAGUUCUUCCAUCCGACAGGAAAAGUUCUUCCUUCCGACAGGAAAAGUUUUUCCUUCCGACAGGAAAAGUUUUUCCUUCCGACAGGACACAAACGGAUGACUGACGUUCCUCUUCCUGAAUGCCUUCCAAAGCCAGAAGAACCGAAAGCUGCAGAACCACAACAGUCUCCUCAGCAACCUCAGUUCCAGCAAGUACCUCCGAAUUACUACCAAUUUCCACCUCAAGGUUACUACCCACCACAAGGCUUCCCGAACUACCAUCCUCAGCCUAUGCCUUACUUCCCCAACCCUUGGAUGUUUAUGCAAGCUCCACCCCAGCAAUUCCAAUCUCAAUCCAAAUCGAAGAGAGACCAAGAGUUCGAAGAAGGUCUGAACCGUUUACGCAAAGAUUAUGCCACAGCCCCAGUUGAGAGAAAGUUGUUCCCGGACCAAAAAUAUAAUUUAGGUGAAGAGGUGAGAUCUCACCUCUUUUUUCACCUGUUUUUUCACCCUCUUGAAUUUUCAUGA